CAAACAAGCUGUUACUUGAUACCCCUUAUCAUUUGAAAUUUUUAAGGGAUGACCCUGGGGGGUUUUUGGUUAAAAAGUUGUCCCCCUUGACAAAUCUUUUGACGUGUCUCGGAGUUUUUUUUGCUUUUAAUCAGUGGUUUUCGAUAAACCCGUGGUGGAAAGUUUUCAAAUGAACACGUAUGUGGGUCAUUUAGCGUCCAGACAAACAUAGAGGAUUAUCAUUAACAGAUAUUUCUAAAGGCUGCUAAAAUGUAAGUUAGUUUAUCCAACAUUUGUGCUUUUCUUUAUUGGUCAAGUACAGCAUGGAGAUGGAUCAUCCAAACAACCACAAGAUAAACCUCAGAACAUUGACGACAAAUAUUUACAGGUGAAUGGCACCCAUUACUAAAGCGGCCAAAGCAGAAAUGGGAAUUUAUUUUCGUUAAUACAGUAAAGUAAGAAUAAUGUAAACACUCAUAGAAUACGGAGAGUUCGGACUUUCCUUUUCGGGAAACAAGUUAAAGUCCUAGCUUUAAAACAGCAGCGAACAUGUGAAAAAUGGAGGUCAUUCAGCUUUCAUUGGAUGAGAAAUUUGAAGUACCUCCUUUUCACAUGACGCAGGAUGGACACUGUGGAAAACGAUCUGAAUUUUGUAGCAUCUGGCACUUAUUCUGUCGUUUUCAUGCUGAUACAACUCCAUGUUUUCGUGGCCAAAUGAAAGCUCAUACGUAGAAAUUACUCUUUCCUAGCGUUUCCGCCACCAUGGUGUACUUUUCCAAAGUACCGAUCAAAAUUAUAAUGGCAAUAUAUUUUUUACGCAAAACGAUACUAUCAUUCCACUUAUAAGAUGGCACUGCGCAAAACCAGCAAAGCCUACGACUGUCUAGGGCAGGCACUCCAGUUCCCAAAAAGACGUCCAGUCCUCCAAGACGACAAGCGAGUAUGAGGUUAUCUGUCGUUCUUUAUUGUACCAGACACGUCACCGCGUCCAUCGUGACCAUUUCCCCUCAUCAUUUAAAAUCAGGAGGACGCGUUCCUCCAUUUAUGAUUUAAUAAUUUGACUCAAUUUUCGGCACUGUGAAGACAAAUUUUUAAUUGAGAUGCCUGUUUUUUAAAUGAAAUUGACAUGAGACCUGUCAGCCGCUAGUACCUCACAGACGUUAGGCGGGUACCCGUACCACGUGAUUGUUUGACAUUCGGACGACGUCUUAUCCCUUUUUCCCUAUUCCCGUUCUUCGCGAAAAUUUGAGUAUCGGUUCCCGGUAGUGCACUGUUCUACACCGUGGACUCGCGAAGAAAUCCUUAUUGUCAAAAAAAGUGUCAAUUGUACUUGGAGAAACUCACCGAUGGGACCGAAACGUCGUACAAUAAAGAGGAAUUUUAAACAUAUUAUGUGGCUUAAUUCGCGCGAGAAACACGAGAGGAUUACCUGAAUGGUAUGUUGGUAUGAUAGUUCUGACUCACCAUGUAUCUUCUGUUAUGUCCUGUAUUAUAGGAGGAUGAACGGUGACCGCGACGAGUACCGAAACGGCAUGGUGGAGGGGGGCAAUUCCACUGCCGCCGUCCCCGAAGAAGCACAACCGCUGACGGGAGCGUCCAGCGGUAGCGGUGGCGUCCCUUUCGUCGUCGCUAGAAUUAACCCGGAGGCGGUGCGUCGUGCAAGUGGUGCGAAUAGGAUGGUGAUCGCGGAUUCAGCAGCCGUUAAGGCGGACAGGACGUUCUUGUAUAUUGCGGCUUGUGUUGGUAACCUAGCAUCAUUCAUAUGUGGAACAACAUUCGGCUGGACUUCCCCGGAAAUACCGAAACUGAAAAUACCUGGGGAAUCCCCUCUGGACGAACCCUUAACAGCAUCAGAAGAGGGAUGGGUCGGGUCCUUCCUUCCUCUCGCCGCAGCCGUCGGUCCUUUCGCGGGAGGAUUCAUGGUGGACAGAAUUGGCAGGAAAAAGACACUAUUAGUGGCUACCGUGCCCUUCAUUGCAGCGUUUUUCAUCAAUAUAGCACCAUCUAGUGUGACCUAUUUGUACCUGUCCAGAUUCCUUUGCGGUCUUGGAGUAGGUAGCAUCUUCACUGUAAUUCCUAUGUACGUCGGUGAGAUAGCAGACGAUGAAACAAGAGGGCCCCUAGGGUCCUUCAUGCAGCUGUUCAUCGUCAUAGGAUUGCUGUUUUCAUACGCUCUAGGACCUUACCUCAGUAUUAAGCUCUUCAACAUCAUUCUUCUCGCACCUCCUAUUGCUUUCAUGGUGGUUUUCUUUCUAUUCAUCCCUGAAAGCCCCUACUAUCUCAUCAAGGCUAAGAAUGAAGGCGGUGCCGAAGAUGCUUUGGCGAAACUCAGGGGCAAAAGCAAGGAUGCGGUACGCAAAGAAAUAGAAACAAUCAAAGCAUUGGUGGCCGAUGCCGAGGCAAACAAAGCAACAUUCUUCGACAUCUUCAAGUCAAAGGGCUUAACGAUGGCCCUCUUCCUCUCCGUCAGUUUAGUGGCCUGCCAGCAACUGUCAGGUAUCAACAUCAUCCUUUUCUACGCCCAGGACAUCUUCACGGAUGCAGGCGUCUCGUUGGCGCCAGAGAUUUGUACGAUCAUCAUCGGCAUCGUGCAGAUUGCAGCUAGUGGAGCGACACCUAUCAUGGAGAAGAGGUUCGGGAAGAGGUUCCUAUUAAUGUUGUCUGGUAUUGGAAUGGGCUUGUCCCAAGGUGUUCUAGCUUAUUUCUUCCACCUAAAAGACGGUGGAAAAGACGUAUCAAACAUCGGUUGGAUCCCCAUAGCUUGCCUAGUAGUCUACAUCGUCACCUACUGUCUAGGCUUCGGUCCCUUGCCAUGGGCUGUCAUGGGAGAACUUUUCCCGGGCAACAUCAAGUCUGCAGCAUCCACAGUUACCGCCUCAGGUUGCUGGGUGCUCGGUUUCCUUCUCACCAAGUACUUUGGUAUGGUGGCUAACAUGAUAGGAAAAGACGGAUCCUUUGGAUUCUUCGCAGGGUGCUGUUUCGUUGCUGCGGCGUUCACCUAUAAAUUGGUACCAGAGACGUCUGGCAAGAGCUUCCAGGAAAUUCAAGAGAUUUUGAAUGGCGAGAAGCCUACUCAGAAAAAAGGUGAUGUCAAGGAAUAGAUAUGGAAAAGCGUGGAAAAGCAAAAACAUGGACAGUACAGCGAUAAUGUUGCGGUCAUGGCGAUGACACCUAUUUAUUGAUGUAUUUUAUACAAUUGGUUGGCCAGACAAACAAAUGAACUUAUUUAUAAGCAGUAUCAGGCAAUAUGGCAAUACUUGUGAAUGGAGUUAACACGUCUCAGGUUUGAUUUCUUGUUAAUGCUUGUAUGAUGUGUAUACAGUUCAGUAAGAACGCUGAUUGAAUUGACAGACAAUUCAUACAUACCACUGGCACGUGUUUAUCUGUUUUAAAAUAAAAGUAAGAGAGCAAUAUAAAACUGCUAUUAUAGCUGUUAUAACCCCUGCUCAUAGGGGCUUCACAAAUAAUAAUACAGUAUUGAUUUUCUAAAUAAAAAAACAACUAUUCAUUUUUGCAGCGUUUGCCGAGAAUUUUUAGUUUGUAAGGGAUACAUAGUAUGUUUAGAGAAUGAAGGGUCAUUUCAUACGUCAUUUUGAAGCUUAAAGUCGAUAUUCUUACCUACUACUAAAGAAAAUCACAUUAUGAUAAAUACAUCUGUUUGACUCUAUUCCGAUAUGUAAGUAUAAUAAAAGUCAUAACUCAAACGGCUUGCUCAUAAGUCAUAUUGCUUCAUCUUGGCAACUGAUUAGGUUUCUAAUAACCAACAUCCAAUGACUUGCACUAUAUAGUAGCAUAAUAAUGGCUGUUAUGCUACAAUUUCGAACUUAUGUUAAGCAUGGAAACAGUUACCGAGCCAUCACUAAACUUCCGUGACUAGUAACCAUGAGACUUUCAACAGAUCCUGAACGUAGAUCACAGGUAAUGCCAAAACAUCUACCUGGGAAAAAUUAAAAUGUAAAAUAAGCAUUGUAUGAGAUUGUACAAGAAACUGGAUUUUUCCAUAUUAUAUAAUUACUAUGUAAAAUUCUCGAACGUACAUCAACUUUAUAACCCAACAUGAAGCGAAAAUUAAGUGGUACGUGUUUACUAUUGUCACUUUCAUAACAAAGCUUCUUUUGUAUUUUGUGGACAUACCAGGAUGUCACUUCUAUACGUCUGCUCUAUUUAAUUACUAUAGAAUGUGCUUUUGAGUUUAGAAUACAGCACAGUGCCAAGCAAUUUACAUCAUCUUUUAAAUUAUUUUUUAUUAUUUAGUUGUUGAGCGUUAUUUGAUAUAUUUAUUUUGGAAUUUUAUUGUAUUAAAUUACUGAUAAAUGCAAUGAUGCGUAUUUCGAUUUGUG